ACACACAGCUGAUCAGUCGGCUCGUGGCGCACGCAGACGCAGGGUCGCGAGCGCGUAGGUGACAGACGGCGGGUGUUUUAUACGCGGGGGAAACGCGCGGAAUGACGGCGGCAUUGUGACGGCAAGCCGCGGGGUUCAUGUACGCGCACCGGUGUUGCUACGCGUUCUCUAUGCGUCUGGACGACGGCGAAGACGAGGUAGUCGGCAGCGAGCUUGGGUGGACGAGGCACCGUCAUCGCGACGAGACGAUCGUAAUUCGGCAGCGAGGGCGGAAGAGGAAGAACGGAGGAGGUACGGUCGGGUCGAUCGACGGGUCGACGGGGUCUAUGACUGGAACGGCGGCGGAUGAUUGUGGUGGAAAAAGAGGAGGCCGGAGCAGGAAGCACGAGGACCGACGAGGAAGCUGGCCAGCUCAUCGGGUUCAUGACACAGGCUCACGAGCAGCAGCCUCGUCGUCGCUUGCUCGUGAGAACGCGGAGCAUUGACGCGCGUCUUUCCCCGUAAUCGCGGUAUCUACGUAUCUAUAUUCUAUCUACUUAUCUAUACCAUCGUGAAUAUUCAUCCGGAGCACGCGCGCAACGAGUGAUAAAGAGCAGAGAAAGGGCAAACGCGGAGAGAGAAUUAAUAUAGAAAUAGGAAGGAAGGAAACGCGACGGCUGUUGCCCUCUCUUAUUUCUUUCUCUCUCUCUCUCUUUGUCUUUCUUCAUCUCUAAUUUUAUUCCCACUCUUUUUCCCGUUCUCGUUAUCUUUUCGCGUUUUGCAUUUAAAACUGUCACGCUAUACUAUAUAUAAUUCAACACAUACGUGCAUUAUACAUUUAUAUAUAUAUCGUCCGGUAGUGGUGUGAUCGGCCCCCACGUUUUUUAUCUCUCCCAGCUGUGUGUAUGGACGGCCGCGUGUGUCGUUUUUCGUGUGUAUGGUACACGCGCGUGCGAGGCGCGGAUAAAGGUCGAUGACGAUGCAACGGGUUCAAGAUCAGGACAAUGGGAUCAACAUCAAAUUCGGCCCGGGUAAAUCCCGGAAGGGCGACUACAGGCUGGUGUCUCAGGACUCCGACAACAACAAGGAACAUCUUAAUGGGACCAAUAAACCAGAGAAACAUGUAAAGGUAGUGGAAGAAUUGAUUCCACCAGACGGAGGCUGGGGAUGGCUGGUACUUCUGGCCUCUGUCAUGGUUAAUCUUCUCAUCCCUGGCACUAUCAAGUCCUUCGGAGUAUUGUUCGUCGAAUUCCUGGAUGUAUUUGACGCCUCACCAGCAGCAGCUGCAUGGAUACCAUCGCUCUGUUAUUUUCUAUAUAGUUCACUAGGCCCACUCUCUAGUGUACUUUCGGUUAAGUAUUCCUAUCGUACGGUAACUCUAAUAGGCGGGACAUUCGCCGCGGUGGGGAUGAUGGUGAGCUAUUUCGCGAACUCUGUGGCCUUUCUAUGCGUAAGUUAUGGUGUACUGGUAGGUACGGGAGCAGGAUUAGCGUUUCCUCCGACUGUAUAUAUCGUGACGUCGUAUUUUGUACGGCUACGAGGACUUGCCAACGGACUUUGCAUAUCCGGCAGUGCGUUGGGCUCAAUAUUUCUUCCGCCCGUUUUGGGUUUUCUUCUACGAGAGUAUGGUUAUAGAGGUGCAGUAUUAAUAAUGGGUGCCGUCACGUUAAAUGUCUGGGCGAGCGCGCUUCUGUAUCAUCCGGUGGAAUGGCAUCUGAUACCAGCUCGGCCUCUAGAUGACAAUGAUGAGUGCGAUAAUAAAGAAAUCGUUACCAGUAACAGUCCGGAACAAACGACCGAGAAGAACAAUAGUCAACUGGUAUCGUCGAACAAUUCUACCAGCGAGAAGGCCGCGCCGAUCGUACCGAAGAGCGCGUCAAGCGUUGCCCUAGAAUAUUACAAGAAUACACCGGUGCAGAGCCGCACGCGAAAGAUCAGCAUGCCUACCGGACGCGAGAUCAGCGGUCAAAUGCACAGCACGCCGACAUUGCACGCCGUACCGGAACGCGGCGGUGCCGUGAUGGACUCUGGAAAGUACUCCAGGACAUCCGCGAGGUCACCGUUGAAUUCGCCCAGCGCGUCGUCCUUCAAUUACGUCAGCACACCGUACCACGGUAGCACUUUAUCGGUCCUGCAUCCGGAACGCGCGUCUACGUUGACGCUGAACGCCAUUUCCAGCACAUUCGCUAGGAAAUCGAUGACAACCAGCGGGGAGCAGAAGGGCGAGAAAGAUGAAAAAAGCCAGCAGAACAAGUUCUUCGAUGUCAGCCUGCUCAAGGAUCCCAUCUAUCUCGUCAUUCUCAUUUCCAACUCCACCAAUGCCAUCAGCUAUACCAAUUUCGUUAUUCUGCUGCCGGCUUACGCCAUUUCCCUGGGUUUCGACAACUGGGACGCGUCGUUGCUACUGUCGAUCGUUUCUAUGCUCGACCUGGUGGGCCGUAUCGGCGGUUCUGCCCUUUCCGACAUCCAGAUCAUGCCUAAGCAUUGGUACUUUGUUGGCGGUCUGCUCGCUUCUGGAAUUUCCUUGGCCAUUCUACCCACCGCUAACAUGUACGUCAUGCUGUCCGUUUACUGCGCCUUCUUCGGUCUCGCGUCCGGCAUCUACGUCGGCAUCACCGCCGUUAUCAUGGCCGACAUGCUGGGCACGGAGAAGCUCACCUCGUCUUAUGGUAUCUCGUUGUUCGUCAACGGUGUCAUUCAGUUGGUAGGGCCACCCAUUUGCGGCAUAGUAUACGAGCAGAUCGGCAGCUACGGACCGAUCUUCAGUAUACUUGGCAUUAUUCUGGUGUUCGGCGCGUCUCUUUGGGGCUUUGUGCCAUUCAUCCGGCGGAGACAGGCAGCGUUGGAGAAAUCCGCCAAAAUAGAUAAAGUAUAGUAGACCAAAUAAACAAAGUAAAAGUAUGAGUUUGUCCAUAAUUAGUAUUGGACAACAAUUUUCAUGGUUUUACGUUUUGAAAUGCGAAUUUUAGGAUAGUAUAUUAUAUAUGUAAGAAACUAGUUUCAUUUUCAAGUUUCAAAAUGUAAAAUUAUGAAAAAGCAAUUAUAAAUAAAUGAGUCGCGAGAUAUGACUCGGUACUUCGUAAAGGCACACAUGAGCUUAAUUGCGCGAGGUAAUUGCUUAAAAGUGGCCACGUAUGCACGUAUGUAUGUAUGUAAGAAAAAGAGAGAUAGAAAGAAAAAAGUGAAAACGUGGCCGAAUAUUAAACUGUGAUGUUAGCGUGAAUGUCAUGUAUCGAAACUACACCGGCGAAGUUUUCGGACCGAGCAAAGCUAUGAAAUUUGAGCGGUUCGCUUAGUACGAUAAUUUUUCGCACAAAUUGUCUACGAUGAUGAUUGUAUGACUGUCGAAUAAUUAUUAACUAUAAUUAGUAAUUACAA